CGAGUGUGCCAACUUUGUUCGCCUUCUGCAGCCCUACAACCGCACCCACCUCCUGGCCUGUGGCACCGGGGCUUUCCAGCCCAUGUGUGCCUUCAUCAAUGUGGGGCACAGAGGAGAGCAUGUGUUUACCAUGGAUCCUACGAAUGUGGAGAAUGGACGAGGGAAGGUUCCACAUGACCCCAGUUACCCCUUCGCUAGCACCUUCAGUGGUGGGGAGCUGUAUACUGGACUGACGGCAGACUUUCUGGGUAGGGACUCUGUGAUAUUCAGGAGUAUGGGAGGUCGCUCCACCAUGAGGACAGAGACUGACCAGAAACUUCUCCACGACCCUAAGUUCAUCGCUGCGCACCUCAUCCCAGACAAUGAUGACAGAGACAACGACAAAGUGUAUUUCUUCUUCACUGAGAAGGCCACGGAGGCAGGGGACAGGGAGGGGGCCAUACACACACGUAUUGGACGAGUGUGUGCGAACGAUGUUGGAGGUCAGAGAGUGCUAGUGAACAAGUGGAGUACCUUCGUAAAAGCCAGACUGGUCUGCUCUGUCCCGGGACCUCACGGCAUCGACACACACUUCAACCAGCUGGAGGAUGUUUUCUUGCUGAGGACCAAGGAUGAGAGGAAUCCAGAUAUAUAUGCAAUCUUCAGCACCAUCAGUAAUGUAUUCCAGGGUUUUGCUGUGUGUGUGUACCGAAUGGCUGACAUCAGAGAAGUCUUCAACGGACCCUUUGCCCAUAAAGAGGGCCCUGACUAUCAGUGGGGGGCCUAUGAAGGCAGGGUCCCUUAUCCAAGACCAGGCGUGUGCCCUAGUAAAAUCACCAACCAGCCCGGCAGAGAGUUUGGCAGCACAAAGGACUUCCCUGAUUCAGUGCUGCAGUUUGCCCGCAGCCACCCAUUGAUGUGGCGGCCGGUGUUUCCUGCUCUGCGUCAGCCUGUGCUCGUAAAGGCCAACUUGCCUUACAAGCUGAAACAAAUCGUGGUUGACCGGGUCGACGCGGAGGACGGGCAGUAUGAUGUAAUGUUCAUUGGCACAGACGUUGGCACAGUAUUAAAGGUCAUUGCCCUACACAGUGGGAACAGCCUGGAGACAGAGGAGGUCACACUGGAGGAGCUACAAGUCUUUAAAGUGCCAACUCCAAUAACAUCGAUGGACAUAUCCGCGAAAAGGCAAGCCCUGUAUGUGGGCUCCCCAGCAGGCGUAGCGCAGGUGAAGCUGCACCGCUGUGAGACUUAUGGGAAUGCCUGUGCCGAGUGCUGCCUGGCCAGAGACCCUUACUGCGCCUGGGACGGAUCAGUGUGUGCCCGCUACACGCCCAACAGCAAACGGCGCUACCGCAGACAGGACAUCAGGCACGGAAACCCUGUGCUGCAGUGUGUGGAUCAGAAUCUGAGUGACCUUGACGUGACAGAAGACAGAGUGGUGUAUGGGACAGAGAACAACAGCACCUUCCUGGAGUGUGUUCCUCGCUCUCCACAGGCCACAGUUAGCUGGCUUGUCCAACGUGAUGACCGCAAGGAGGAGGUAAAGCUGGAUGACCGUGUGAUGUCUACAGAGCAGGGCCUCCUGUUUCGUCGCCUCUCCCGCCAGGAUGAAGGCGUGUACAUCUGUCGCUCCACAGAGCACGGCUUCACACAGACCCUGGCCCGCCUCAGCCUCGAAGUCCUCCAGGGGGACACUGUGGAUGAGCUCAUGGCACGAGACAACGCCGGCCUCUCUGAUGCGUACAAAGACCGGUCCACAGGAAGCUACCGAGCAUGGAUGCCUUGUAGCACAUACAGCAGGGGCGGCUCAUCAAGCCAAAUCGGCCAAUCGCGUACAUGGUUCAAGGAUAUCAUGCAGCUGAUUGGGCCGUCCAACCUGCCCCACAUUGAGGAGUACUGUGAGAGGAUGUGGUGCAACGACAAACUGAGGAGGAAACACAAAAGCAUGCUGGAGAAAAACCGCCAAGCGCAGGAGAGCGCCAGGAAGGCUCGUAGCAAGAGCUCCGGCGAACGCAACCGGACGCCGAGGGACCUUAGCGCAUGGGAGGAGUAACUGAAAGAAAGUGAGCAGGGCAUGAAGUAGGAGAAAAUGAAAGACAAAAAAAGGGACAAAGAUUGCAGCAAAGGACAGGAUAAUACGGGCAGCAAAAAGGCCAGCAUCAACUCCUAUUUGUGGAAACUCUAGCACUGAGAUGUGUAUUGUAACGACUCGGAAGUGUUUGGUUUUCUGGAAUGAUGGCACAAAAAGAGACUGUUACUGAACAGGUUGUUAUUGUGAAUAGGAGUGGAUGUUUUUCUUUAAAUCUUGAUAUCCAUGGACUUCUCCUGCUUUCACAAGUUUGCCCUUGUAUACUUUCACGCUUUGAAAUGACAGCUUUCAUUUUAUCAAGUCAAAUAAGACCUUCGCAAAGACAGACAACGCAUGCCUUUGGAGCAACUCUCUGAUGAAUUGUGUUAGAUCUUGGCAAAGUGCUUCAAAAGAGAGGAACAUUUACAUACUUUGCAUGCUUGGAGUAUAGCAAGCCUGUCAAGGUCAGCUCUGAGACACAGACACAUACACUUAUUUUCCAUUUGUUGUUUUCGCAUUUCUCACAAGGCAAUCACUGGAUUCAUCUCUUUCUCAAUUGGUAUUUAAGUGACCACGUUUUUUGCCCUGCUCUGCACUUGGCUUUUUAAAAAGGAAAUAUUCAUGUUUGACUUCAGCCAAGAAAUAACUUGGUUUGCAGUGUAUUAGUUGCAGCUAAUGCUCCCAGGGUAAGACAUCUGCCGCAUUUUAAAUGCAAUGUAUGCUAUGGCUCGACUUGCCCUUUUUUAUUGUGGCAAAAGUUGUGGAUAGCACCUGGUACUGUUUUUGGUUGCGCCUUGGUUGAGGGUCCAAGUGAACUGAACCAUUAUUAGAAGGCAAAGUUAAAACAUUGGGAAGAGUCAUUAGUUUGGUUUCAUUUCAAAUGUGUUCCUUUGUUUUGUUUGCCAAUUGAUCCAGCAAGAGUGGAACAAAGCACUAUUUCGCGUUGAAGAAGAGGUUGUGAUCAUUUGAGGAACAGAAAAUUGAGAAAAGCAUCCAUUACCAAAAAUGAGUCAAGUCGAGCCAAACCAUGCAGUUACAAUUAGGCAUUUCUGUAUCUGAUCUCUCCACUGUACAUGCACACACACAAACACACUCUUACAUAAACGGAAAGCCCACUCACCCAUCACACUGAAUGCAUAAACUCAACUAGCUCAAACUGGAAGCUACCAUGAGACGACUGUUGAUGGUUCAACAGAUUAAAGGCACAUUGCUUUAUUUUUAGUGUUGUGGGUUGAACUUUCCAUUAAAACCAGCUAAAGAUCAAGAUUCCUCCCUCACGACCCUUAAAGGGAUAUUUCACAGUGGUAUACUUUCACGCUUUUGGGCACAUACCAUAACAUCUCCAGGAAUGUACCAAAUGGCCACAGUCGAUCGCUGAUAGUUGCUUCCCUGGGAUUACUUAUAGAUUGAACCUCAGCUCAAUGAAACUCAAUUGGGAUACAAGCACCAAUUUAGAGUGCACAUAUUAUUGUUCAAAACGUUAUGUCUUGGGUAAGUGUCAUUUUCAAAUAUAUUUUUCUAAAGACGGACCUCUUUGUCCUAGCCUCACCUCACACUUCCAUCGUCCCCUGAACUCAUGUUCCCACAGUUCCUCUGUAUGCUGUAGCUCGCUACUGACAAAAGAGGGAACAAAAGAAGGGGUCAGCUCUAAUGGCUGACUCCUCUUGUGCUUUCUGCUUUGUAAACACUGGUUUUAUGACGGUUCAUGGUUUGAACACAUGAUACUCCACAUUGUUAUUCACUUCAGGUUUUGUUGUUAAAAUAUACUGUAACUUUGAUCGUAAUAAAAAAAAAAGGUUUUCUUUCACAAGGGACAGGGCCAUGGAGUUAGGGUUAGGGUUAGCAUGGAAUCAACUCUAAUUUGUAAAAACAAGAUAAAAAAAAAAGAGAGGAGAACAAUGUAAGACAGGUCGCAAGGUUAUAAGAUAAAUGCCAAGCUUCAAUUUCAGUAAGGGCUGUGUGUAGAAGAUUGAAAUACAUGUUAAGAGUUACUUUCAAAACUCACCCAUGUAACACUUAUAAAUAUAUUAAUUGCGGCUUUGCAGGUGCAUCUCACAUUGAGCAGCUCCUCCUGGCCACAUCAAUGAGGGCGAGUGGAGAGUUGUGAGAAUGAUGGGUUGGAUAUAGUUCACAGAACAAACAAAGUGUGUCUGUAAUAUGUCUUUGGUUCAAAGUUACCAGAUGAUCCCUUGGAACUUUGUCCCAAUACAAGUUGAUGUACGUAAGCAAUCAAAGCUGAUAUUAUCCACAUUUAUACUUUCAUUAAUCAAAUGUUGGCUGUCAAGCGGUGAAGUAAGCAGUUUCCAAGUAUGAACUGGAUAAACGUAGCAUUCUUAAAGGAUCUAUUUAAAGACAUAUAAAGAAACACAAACAGAUGUUCACAAAAAGCUGAGAAGAAUGGAGGACCUACACCAAUAUGUACGCUGGAGGGUAAAGUCCCUGUAAUGUGUACAUAUUAAAGAUCGCAUAGAUAUCCUGGGAGCCCUCUCACUGUUUAAAAUUAUCCAGGAAACAACAUUAACACUAGUGAACUCGGUGACCCUUUGUAACCUUCAUGGCGUGUGAAUGGCUCCUGAGAGAAAAAUAAAAGGGAGAGUCGGUAAUUGAAAAGAACAAAGGGGAGAGAUCUUCAAAAAGUAUGGUACUUUGAGCAUCUUGUGAAGGCAUUAUUUGCCUUUAUAAAAUACUAUUACCUUUUCAAAGCCUGUUUCAAAAAAAUUCAUCAGUAUAAAGUGAGUAUUUAAGAACAAAAUCCCCAGUUUGUACAGCACUCUUAAACACACAUUUUACUCUAGCAACGUUUAUUUUCUUAGUUAGAGGAUUGGGAAACCGGCUAUUAGAGUCCACUUAUGGUGUUUCCUUUAAAAAUAUUGCAUAUUGCUUCUGAUGUAUAUCUAUACCGGGGGGAAAAGUGUUAGAGGGGCAGGAGCAUGGUUUGCACGGAACCAAGAGACAGUUAGCAGGGUAAAAAGAGAUACAAAUGUGUUUUAUGCUGUAGAUAACCUUCUUGAAAGUUUGUUUUCUAAUCAAAUUGUCACUUAAAUUUAGAUUUUAGUCUUGUCAUGAUUUUGGUGAAAAGAGCUACACAAUUAUUUUGUCUGUUCUGCUCUUGUCUAUAAAAAAUAUGUUUUUGA